GGGCAAAUCCAGGCGAGCCAAGCUAAAGAGCGGAAGUGUUCAUGUGUUGACAACGAGAGGCCACAUGUGUUUAGUUGCACAUCUCUGUGAUGCUUAACAGCAAGGAACACCUCUGUCCUGAAACUUCACCGUAGAAAAGAUGACUUCCCAGGAGGUGCGUCUGUGUGCUCUCCUGCUGCGGGAACACUUUGGAGAAGUGGUGGAGAAAGUUGGAAGGCACCUGCUCAGAAGUGGAGCACAGAAUUUGAGAACCCUCAUUCAUGAGACUGGCAUCUCACUAGACCUGGUGAAGAAAUCCCUGUGUGUGCUCGUGCAGCAUAGCAUCUGUUUGUUCAGCUCAGGUCGUAAAGGACCUGGGAGCCCCACAGAGUAUCGGACCAGCUGCGAUCGGAUUCUACGGAUUCUGCGAUACCCGCGCUACAUCUACACCGCCAAAACCCUGUACGGUGACACUGGAGAGCUGAUCAUAGAGGAGUUACUACAGAGAGGGGACAUGACAAUGAGCAGCACGGUCAAGACAGUGGCUGACCGCCUCACGCAGAACAUGGAGGAGGGUCGCAGCAUGGAUUACAGCGAAGUGUCUUCCGCCUUCUCCAAACUGGUGGAAACUCAUUUUCUUCAGCGAUGCCCACCGAUGGCGGCAGCAGUAACGAAAAACAGUGCUGCCUCAGCCACUCCAGCUACCCCUGCAACCCCGGGUACUCCUGCUGCCCCCGUGAGCACCACCGUGCCCACACCAGAGAGCUUCCCAGACUGUUACAAGGUGCCUCACGUGACACUCAUAGGGAAAGGCAAACGCAGACUGUCCAAUGAGGAUGGAGAGGACCAAAGGAGUGCAAAGAGGGCUAAAAUAGAUUCAGAGACACAUGGUGAUGAGGGGAUUUACUGGCAGGUGAAUUUUGAGAGGUUCCAUCUCCACUUCAGAGACCAGGCCAUCAUCAGUGCUGUGGCCAACAAACUGGACCAGACCAGCAGUGAAAUAGUGAGGACGAUGCUGAGGAUGAGUGAGGUGACGACGUCGCCAACAGCCACCUGCACAAAACCCCUCUCAGCCAAUGAGAUCUUCAGAUCCCUCCCAAGUAGUUACAACAUUGCCAGACCCAUUUUGGACCAGUAUCUCACGCUGCUGGUUGAUGACCCGAUGGAGUUUGUGGGGAAGGCUGGGGAAAGUGGAGGAGGGAUGUACGUCGUCAAUCUGCACAGAGCUCUGGCCAAUCUGGCUCGGGCCACACUUGAGUCUGUAGUACAGGAGAGAUUUGGAUCCCGGUCCGCGCGCAUCUUCCGUCUGCUUCUCAGGAAACGUCACCUGGAGCAGAAGCAGGUGGAGGAUUUUGCCAUGAUCCCAGCCAAAGAGGCUAAAGACAUGUUAUACACACUGCUUUCACAGAACCUGGUCCAACUGCAGGAAAUCCCAAAGACUCCCGACUACGCUCCCUCCCGUACCUUCUAUCUUUACACUGUCAACCAACUCCCGACUGCACGAAUGCUGCUUCAAAACUGCUACAAGACAGUAGCAAACCUCAUAGAACGACGGCUGUUUGAGAGCAAAGAGAGCAAGCGUCUGCUGGAGAAAUCCCAGCGAAUCGAGGCCAUUCUAGCAUCUCUGCAGGCCAGUGGGGCCGAGCCUGAGCAGCUGACGGAGGUUGAGGAGAUGAUCACUGCUCCAGAAAAGCAACAGCUGGAGUCCUUACGCCUUCAUAUCAACAAGUUAGAUUCAGCAGAGAACCAGGUGGAUGAAACCAUCUUCCUACUAGAAUCAUACAUCAACUCAACUGUCACAAGCUGAGAGUCACUAUAACUCACACAUCAUAGUUAUGCCUUUACUUUUCAUGUAUGAAUGCUGUCCAGUGUGGCUGUUUUUAUAGUUGAUAUGACUAGAUUGUUUCAUCUGAGAGUGAUAUAAAACCUGAAAUAGAUUAUUUUGCUUGUUUUUAUUGCAUAAAUCAGUAAAUGAAUAAACUGAGCACAAGAGUACUUCUUUUCAACAGUUUUAAUUUCAUUAAAGAACAAACACAAACCUGUAAGACAAACACUGAACAAAGUGAUCGUUGGAAAUGUAAAACCAUAAAGAAAUCUGUAUAUUAAAUAAAAGCAUUGUGGUUUAA